UAACAAUGAAUUCUAUGAAGGAAAUAAUUCAACAAAAUAAUGACAUAUCUUCUGAUAAAAUUCAAGAAACAAUAUCUGCAUUUCUAGGAGAUUUAUGCGAACAUCAAGAUAGAAUAUUAAAUGCUGUGAGAGAAAAGGAGAACAAAAUGAUGAGAGUUAAUCAGUUAGAAAAAGAAAUAUCAGUGAGAGAUGCCACGAUUGCUCAGUUAGAGAAACAGUUGGAAGAAAGAAAGGAACAAGAUAAAGAAGUUGUUAUAAAGACUUUGAAGAAAGAAAUAAAAGAACCUACAGCAGCCAUUGAUAAAAAAUUAUCCAGAGUUCUGGAUUGGGUUAAUGAAGAAACUGACCAAUCAAAUCUACAGAUGCAGGAAUAUAAACAUCAAGCUGAAAUACAGAGAAAAUUAAAUCUUGAAACACGACAAAAACAACAGAAAAAUAUGAAAGAUACAGAAUAUAGAAUUUUAGAAGAAUUAAAUACAGUAAAGGAAGAACUUAAAUAUCGUGAGAAUGCCUGGCAGAAACAGUGUUUAGAUGAACUGUAUAAAGUGCAAGAGAGUCAGUUUCAUUAUUUACAGAAACAACUUGUUAACAUCAUAGAAAAAUCUCCUAAAAAUAAAUUCAAGUCAAAUGAUUCAGUGAAUCUUCCAACAGACAAGAUUGAAGACAUGUUUAAAAGACAAUGGGAGAGUGUUGAAAUGUUUCUGGAGACCCAGUUUAAUCGACAUUUUAACUUACAAGAACAUCAGUUAGAGCUAUUAUUAGACAAGGUUUCUAAAAAUCAGGAAAAAAGUAUUGUAAAGAUGAACAGAGAAUCAGAUUUUCAAUUGACAUUGCCAUAUUUUGAAGAUCAGUUCAGUAAAUAUCAUUCUGACGUGAAAAAACAAAUCGAGAAUCUUCACGAAAGACACAGAGAAGAGAUAAAGAGAAUACAAAAUGAACUACAAGAGCAGCAAUUGGCUAGAGAAGCUUUAUCUGCGACCAAUAAUGAUGUGGUACCAAAGUUCAAUGGAUUAAAUAGAAAUUUAAGGGGUGAUUCACCAAUACUAGGCCGAAGGGCAGCGAUAACUCAAGAAUCAAACCAAGUCUCGUCAGCGUUCGAUAAAGCCAAGACAAUAAUGAAUCCACCAUCCCGCUCUUUUCAAAAACAAAGCAGUCUGUAUCCUACUCGCAUGUCUCCCCUCUCUGCUUAUGGACCCUUGAGUUCUAGAUUUUUGUUUUGUAAACCGCAACCCUCACCUGUGGCAGCUGUGCUACCACAAAGAAAAGCAGCCCCUUCUCCUUUGGUAUCCUCAAUAAUACCUCUGACACAAGAAGAAAGUCAAGAAGAACUAUUUGAAGAAGAAAUUUAUGAAGAUUUUGUUGAAUCUGAAGAAGAAAAACGUGAAGAAAAAAGCCAUAUAAUAUCAAAACCUGUCAAGAAAGGGAAGAAAAGAAGAAAACAGAGAUUAACAAAACAGAAAUCGGAAAGGAAAACAGUAAACGGUGCUAAUAAAGAAACUAAAAUCAAGAAACCGAGAAUGGAUAAAUAUGUAUUUGAAGGAAUAGAACUUGCACCUCUAGUAACAGAAGACAAUGCCAGUGAUCCUCCAAAAAGAGUUUUACGAAGUUCUGGAGCCAAAACACACGAUGAAACCAUACCAACCCAUACCGAUUGUGGAACAAUCAAGACAAUAUCCAAAACUGAAGACAAAGGUUAUAAUUUUCAAGAGCAAAAUGAAAAUGUGAUACCUCAAAAAUUCUCAGCCAACAAACAAGAUGUUAUGAAUUAUCCCAUGAAAAGCAACAACACCUCUUAUGUAACCAAUAAUUUUGAUUUUCAACAAAAUAAAGAUUCUCGACAGAAAUCCAUUUAUCAAUUUGAAGAUGAGUGUAUGCAAUCAAAACCUGGAUACAGGCCAUCAGAAACUACUUUUACCUAUCAAAGAAGAAUUGAGCAGAUUCCAAACAAAGACAUUCAAAAGUUGAGUGAUAACAAAAGAAGUUUUUCAGCUUACAAAUCACCACCAUCAGCAAGUGUGUGUACCUAUGGUAGUAGGGAGUCAUCACCAUCUAUGUCUCUAACAGAAGUUGUUAUCAAGAGAAAAAUCAAAUGUGACAAUAAGAAAACUCCAGAUCUCAGAAAUUUUCAAACAGCACAGACUUACAAUUAUGGAGAAUCACAAGAUAUUUUAGCUACAAGUCCUACAAUGGAUCCCAUUUUCUCACAAGCUGAUUCUAGAAAACCAUACCAAGAUGAUAAGCAGGAAUCAGAACUUAACCAUGCUAUCACCCAGACAAGAAACUGUCCAAAUAAUCACCUGAAAGAUAACAACAAUUUUGUAGAAAUAACUGAAUCCAUUAGAAGACGAACUCAGAGAAGAUAUUUUCAAGUUGAUGCAGCACACUAAUUUAACAUCUUAAAGGCACAUUUAAUCCAUCUAGCCUUUUAGUUUUUCAAGUGCUUAAUAAUUAAAGACGAAUUAAUCUUUUAAGAAAUUUAUCUAACCGGUUUAGAUGUAAAUUCAAAAAAGCCUUGCAUAAUUUCAGAAAUAGAUCAUGAGAGAAGUUACAAUUGUUAUAUUUUAAUGCCUGAAUGUUUAUUUACAAUGUUAAAAAGUCAACUUACAAACUUUAAAAAGACAUAAAAAAAUUAAUUGAUUACAGCAGAGCUGUUAUUAUUAUGUUGCAACUAACAAAUGAAUGGUAUUCAAUUGUUGUACUAAUGAUAUUUAUUAUGAAGUUGUUUUUUGUUGUUUUUUUUAA